AUGGCCUUUGAUACCUUGAAGGCUAAGUUGACUACGACGCCAGUUCUUACUAUUCCGAGUAGUGACAGGACAUUUGUUGUAUACACGGAUGCGUCGUUAGUAGGUUUGGGAGGUGUUCUGAUGCAGACUCAGAGAGUAGUAGCAUAUAUCUCACGACAGCUAAAAGUAAUCACAUUACUUCAAGUACUAGAAUUGCUUGCAAAAAAUAGGAAGAAAUAUAAUGAUCUCAAUGAGUUAGAGAAAAAUUUGAGUGAUGGUGGUAAUGGCAGCAAUGAAGCUGAAUAUGAAAGUGAAAAGGAAGAUAAAAGUGAAGAAGAUGAAAGAAAAGAGCAAGAUAGAGAGGAUGAGGAGGAUGGUGAUGAUACAAAUGAUGGGAAGGAUGAUGAUGACAAUGAUACAAAUGUCGGGGAGAAUGAGGUUGAGGAUGAUGAGGGCAAUAGAGAUGAACAAGGAGUACAAAGUCAUGAAGACAAUACUAAAGAUAAAGAAACAAAUGAGAAAGAGGAGAAUGCUAGUGAAAGUAAAUAUAGUCGUGGAUCUAAAUCGAAGAGGAAGGAAAAAAAAAGAUGA